UGUUUGUGUGUGUACUCGGCAGGAUACGAAUCUCCGAGAUCUCCGGGGGCUACGCAGAUAGAUAUUGUACAUGAUGGGUGCGAUGGACUUGACGCGUAGGCUCUGCUUGCCUGCCCAUGUCUCUCACUCGUUAAUAGUUAAUCAAGGAACUUGAGUCACUCCUUUGUGCAACACGCUCUCGACAAGAGCCCGCGAGCGUGAUAACAUAGUACACGCGCCGACACCCCAAACACGAUAUCGUGUAGUCAGCUGACGUCGGUAGGGAAAGGUUCGGGAGGUAGGCACCGGAACACAAGGGCAGCAGCAGCGGGCGGUUUUUGCUCGCGCGCGCCAAGGAGAUCCAGGGAACAGGGUUUGGAAUACGAGGGCAGCAGCAGCAGGGCGGUUUUUGCCCGCGCGUGCCAAGGAGAUCCAGGGGUAAGAGUUUGGAAUACAAGGGCAGCCGCGACAGGCGCGCCAAGGAGAUCCAGGGACAGCAUUUGGAAUACAAGGGCAGCAGCGGUAAGCGUGCCAAGGAGAUCCAGUUACGUGAACAAGAAUAAGUCUAGCAGUAGGAGAUACAUCGUGCCGCAUUUUUUUUUUUUGCGGCGUAAUUAGGCGGAGGAAAAACAUGUGGGAGAAGUACUGGACGGAGAUGGAAUAUGGGCAUCUAAGGGAGAAGAACGAUGCACCGGCAGGAGCAAUGGCUGCCGGAAGAACGACUGCCGGGGCAGCUGGUGGAGCUGGGCUCGGUACACAACGGGUGAGCAUGAAAAAUGACGGAAAUUGUGCUUUGAGCGGUUACAGCAGCAGUCGCAACCCGCCCAAAAUCCCGACGAAUUCGACGAAGGCCGUGAGCUGGCUUCGGAGAAUGCGGAAUUUCCUGGCUGUCGAGGAUUUGGAGCGAACCCUUGACCACAUGCCAUCUACUGGUUAUGUCAACGUUAUCAGUUGUCUGGAUCGCACAUACCUGAACCAGACUCACGGUGCACAUCUGGUGGCAGCUCACCAGCGGGCGUGGGGGUACAUGUUGGAAGCAACCUGCGGCACGGACAUUGAAGAACGGUUGGGUGCUUGCGACUGCGUCCCUGAGGCGUGGAGCGUGAUCCACGAAUGGCUGUUGCCUACUCUUGACGCUGAGAAGACGUUGCUUGUGAGGCGACUUGAGACGAUUGAGAUGCAUCCCGGCGAGGACCCGAAACUCUUCUUCGCCAGAGUAGACGGAGUGAUCAACAUCAUGAAAGCUGUCGGCAUCGAAAAAUCUGAGCGGGCUAUCGUGCACAUCAUUGUCCGCCAGCUUGCGCACGAGUACGAUAUCGAACGCAAGUCCAUCCUGGCCGACCCCACCAUUUCCCGAGCGAAGGUGGAAAACGUUGUUCGCGCGGCAUACGCCAACAAGGUCAUGAUGAAGGAAUUGGGCAAAGCGCAGGCGGCACCGGCGGCAGCGGUGACGGUUGGUGGGCUUGGGUCCGGUCAUGGUGGCCACGGUCAGGGGGGACUACAACGGCGGUGGCGGCAACAGCGGCAGCAUCAGCAGUGGGUUCGUCCUCAGCCACCACCUGCACAUUACCCACCUCCUAACUUCCCGACGUGGGGAUCUGGGGGGCUCUAUGACUGUGGGCGCAACGCUGUGUACCCGCAAGAGGAGUCAGCUUCGCCGCAGGGUGCUCUGAUUGGUGUCGUUCAUCAGUGCGUGAGAUGCGGGAGGCAUGGACACUCACUUGGCGACUGCAAUGCGCCACGACGCUUUGAAGGCAACUGCACUGCCUGCGGUGAGUAUGGCCAUCGGCGCCGCAUGUGUUGCACAAUCGACCGCAUGCAACAGCACGUGCCCGUCGGUGACGGAGAGGGUCUCAACGCGAAUGGCAACGACGCUAUGCCGCACCAGCAGCGGAAGCGACGACGCUGGAGGAGGCAAAGGCAUCGACAGGAGGCGCUGCUCCCCGUGUUUGCAGCUGGCGCGGUGGCAUGGGGAACAGUACCUGCGGCAGGAGCGGCGACCGUUGAUGGUGGUUUCCCCACUACGGUGGCGGGGGGAACGGUCGGGGGGCAGGCGCUCGCGGCGGGAGCAGCGGCAUCGACGGCAGCACCGGCGGCGAGAGCGGCGACCCCCGGCAGCAGAAUCUUCCCCGCGGCGGCGGCAGGGGAGACGGCCGGGGCGCAGGCACUCGCGGCGGGAGCAACGGCAUGGACGGCAGCACCGGCGGCGAGAGCGGCGACCGCCGGCAGCAGAGUCUUGCCCGCGGCGGCGGUGUGGGAGCCGGUUGGGACGCAGGCAAUUGCGGCUAAAGCGUCAGCAGCGCAAGAGCCGGAGGACGAGUGCGAUGAGGAUAGCUGUUGGUUGGGCCAUGGCGACGAAGGUGGCAACAGUAGCGACGGCAGCGGUGACGGCGGCAUCGGGGCGUUGUCCGCCGGUGCAAGGCAUCCCGGCGCCCAUCCGACCGUGAGCAAUGGCAUCUACGUCGUGCGGGACGAUGGGGGGUAAUGCCAGGAAGGGAGGAUCGAUCGUGGCAGAAGUGUGCGGCAUGAAGUGAGAGACUUGGUGAUCGGGAUCUCCAAAGGAGGAAGUAAGAGACUUCGUGAUCGGGAGCUCCAGUGGGGGAUGACCGAUGGUUGCAACGACGCAGCUCUGGAUCUACGCGCGGUUCAGGCACGUUUGUGAGAAUUAUUGUGUUUGGGUUAUUUCUAGGUUUGGUUUUGUUUUGUUUGUCGAAAACCAUGAGUUUGAGAACUGUGUCGACGUAGACUUAGAGUUGCGAUGCGCAUGGUUGGUUACAUUGUGAUUUUCAUAUGUUGGGCAUUGAGUUUGGAUAAUCUAAGAAUUCAGCACGCCGAAUGGUUCAGUUGACAUCGUUGGACCACUGCUGGCACUGCUGUCGAAAAUCAUGGGGGGGGAUGAAUGUGAUUGUGAUGCCAUGAUCCUCGUCGCAGUACAAGCAGCGUUCUAGCAGACGUUCGGGUUUGGUUUUUGUUCAUUUUGUAAACGUUUUCCCCGUUUUACCUGCGGAAAAUGAGAAUUUCUUGUUUGUUUCCGAUUCCGCGUUUUACCUGCGGCUUUCGGAGAUAAGGUCAUGAUAUUUGUUUGUUUUCUCGUUGUUAGUAUUCGAGAGUUGUGCCUUGCAUGUAUUGCUAUAGGACGGAUUGAGUUCCAUGGUCGGAGAUAUGUCGAAGGGGAGUCGUCAAUCGGUAUAUGUUUUGUAUUCUGUUUCUUGCAAUCCAGACGAAAUACUGGAUGGCUUGCAUUUUCUGUUUCGGGAGUUAUUUCAGCAGGGGGGCUGUUAAGCUUUUGUGUUUUGGGAGAUGAUGCAGCAGGGGGGCUGUUAAGCUUUUAUGUUUUGGGAGAUACUGCAGCAGGAGGGCUGUUAAGAAAUCCAUGUCUUGAUGUUUGAGAAACGGCAUAAUUGGUGAAAGUUUCCUCUGGCGUCUUCGACCGCCGGGUUUUUAACCUUUGUCUGUUUUUGCCGUAUGUAUUUGGUAUUGAUGGUGGUUCUGAACGAUGUACUGGAGGAAGGAUUUGGCAUAUUUUGGUAAGACAUGGUUGAGGCCUGUGUGCUUCCGAAGCUUAUUUUAAAUUGGUCAAUGAGUUGAAACACAGUUUUGUGCGAGAAUUUUGUUCGAGGUAUUUGUUGACGCGUUUUGCCAGAGUUGUCCGUCCAGAGUCUUUAUGACGUGGCUCUGAUGUAAUGUUGAUCUUUGCUGAGUAUUUUUAAAGUAUAAUUCUUUGUUUUGACUGCUUGAGAAUGUGGUGACGACGUUUUCUCGAGAGGGGUGCUUGUUAAGACUCAGUGAAGUUCCAUAGUCAUAAGAAGAAGGAGUAACCUGAAAUUUGAGUAUUCGAUAGAUCCGGGAGUUGAGAUGAUUUAUGGAUACAAAAGGUGAAUGGUUUUUGAAUUGUUGCCGUUUUACUUGGCGAUAUAUGUACGGAGGAUCUCGUAAUCGU